AUGAAUAAAGUUGUAAUAUUUUUAGUAUUUUCAUUUAUAAAUUAUUGUUCGUGCUGCACGGGAUGUGUCGAUUUAGAUGAGUUGACAUUCGACAAAGUGAUACCAAAAUUUAAAGUAGCUUUAGUGAAAUUUGACCAACAAUUUCCUUUUGGGGAAGUUCACGAUAGUUGGAUAGAGUUUGCUGCAAUGCUUAACAAUUUUACAUUGAAUGGUGGAAUGGAUUAUUCAGAGAUCCUCAUAGGCACUGUGGGAAUAAAAGAUUAUUCUCCUUUUGAUAACAAACCUUUAGGUGACAGAUUUGGCUCUUCAAAACGUCAAGAAUUACCCUUCAUAAAACUAUUUAAUGAUGGCAAUUUGAAAAGUCCAAUCGACUUUCAAAUCGGAACUGAAAAGGUUACAAUUUCACGGCUUUAUGAAUUUUUAAAAGCGAACACUGAAAUCCCAAUUUUGGCUCCUGGAUGUACCAAAGAGUUGGAUGAGAUGGCGAUGGAAUUCGUCAAUCAACCUGAUAAGAGAAAAGACAUUGUAAAAGAAGCUGCAGAAUUCAUUGAAAACAUGGAGAAGGAAGAGAAUAAAAAACUUUCAAAAACUUAUACAACAUUGAUGAACGGUGUGAUUGAGAAAGGUGAAGUUUUUGUUCUCAACCAACACGAACGAAUGACAAAACUUUUGAAAAACAAGAUGACUGAUAAGAAGCGCGAAGAAAUCAAUCAAAAAAUUAACAUUAUCGGAUCGUUCAAGUUCUCCAAACCCGAGAAGUCGUCAGGAACUAACGAAGAGUUAUAA